GUCGAGCUGUCAUUUGACAGCGGCACACAUGAACCUCAGUGCUGCAGAAAGAAUUAACCACCCGUUGAUUGCACGUUUAAAUAUCUGGUCUUCGGUGUUUCAAUUCAAACAGGGCAAGACAGGAUAUGCCCUAGUCAUCUCUACGGACUGACCACAAACGCGUAGGAGGUCAGCUGAGCCACUUGCUAGUUGUGAGCUGCUAGCUAAUGUUAAUAGUUAGCUUGCAGGCUAAUGGUAGCUGGCUGGUGAACGGACUCCCGUUCUGCUUUGUGCCGUCGGUUGGCUAACCUUACAAAGCUGGCUUGCUAGCGAAGGUCGGAGAAACCAACGUUAGCUGGUAGACAAGAUCGUUUAGUUAGCUAUUCAGCUUCAUUAACGUGUCAUUUUAGCAAUUUGUUUUAAGGCUGCAUUAUAAUUUGUUUUUCUUCUGUCACGGGGCUUCGCGCUUUUCCCGUUUUAUACGUUUUUUAAUUUUACAAAAUUUAUCGUUGAUGUUUGCUAGCUAGCAAGCUAUUCGGUUAUGCUAACGCCAGCUCAGUGAGACCUUACAUCGCAGGGGUGCGGAGAGCUCCAGGCGAGUUAAGGAAGGAAGAGAGGUGACUUGUGAUGUGGGCUGAGGGAAGCGGCGGACUGUUAGGCGAAGGAGAGCAGCAGUAUUAACUUAAAACACAUCGUAUUUUUUCCAUAUCAGUCCCUGUAGAGGAAGGGCCAUAUCGUCAGUCAAGCUGUGCAGGACGUUGGAUGAAGAAAAGGAUUGGGGUACUUUGAUUUGCAAGCUGGCUAAAUGAAUAGUAUUGGUGUUAGUGAAUCGUGAGCCGGUGGCCACUGUGCCAGCUUCAAGGGAAGACACUGUUGAGAUUAUCGCACAGACUGCAUUAACCAGUCAGUUUGCUUUAAGAUGGCUUCGGCGAGCAGCAUUGCCGCAUCAAUUGCGAGUAAAACGAAGACCAAGAAAAAACACUUCGUUGCUCAGAAAGUGAAGCUCUUCCGUGCCAGCGACCCUCUGCUCAGCGUGCUUAUGUGGGGAGUCAACCAUUCGAUAAAUGAAUUAAGCCAUGUUCAGAUUCCCAUCAUGCUCAUGCCAGAUGACUUCAAAGCCUAUUCUAAGAUCAAAGUGGACAACCACCUCUUCAACAAGGAGAACAUGCCCAGCCAUUUCAAGUUCAAGGAGUACUGCCCUCUGGUGUUUCGAAACCUCAGAGAGAGGUUUGGCAUCGACGAUCAGGACUUCUUGAACUCUCUGACACGUAGUGCUCCCUUGAACAGCGAGGCCCAGGGACGGAGCGGGGCCCGCUUCCACACUUCUUAUGACAAACGCUAUGUUAUCAAGACCAUCAGCAGCGAGGAUGUGGCCGAAAUGCAUAACAUUCUAAAGAAAUACCAUCAGUUCAUUGUGGAGUGCCAUGGCAACACACUUCUGCCUCAGUUUCUGGGGAUGUACCGGCUCACCGUGGAUGGAGAUGAGACUUACAUGAUUGUUACACGCAAUGUCUUCUCCCACCGCCUUUCUGUCUACAAAAAAUAUGAUCUCAAGGGUUCCACUGUGGCAAGGGAGGCCAGCGACAAGGAGAAGCAGCCGCCCCCACCAGAGGAUGUGCCCCCGCGGCCCAAAUCUGGUAACGUUCAGCAAAGGCUGCAAACACUGCGGAUUGCCACGCGCUUUUACUGCGCCAUGAAACACGUAAGAGAUGCCAAGGAGCUGCCCACCUACAAGGACAAUGACUUCAUCAAUGAUGGGCAGAAGAUCUACAUCAACGAGGAGAACAAGAAAAUGUUCCUGGAGAAGCUUAGGAAAGAUGUGGAGUUCCUGGCCCAGCUGAAGCUCAUGGACUACAGUCUGCUGGUGGGGAUCCACGAUGUGGAGCGAUCUGAGCAGGAGGAGGUGGAGAGCGAGGACAAUGAGGCUGAGGAGGAGGGGGAGAGUGACGGAGGGGGCAUUGGGACGCCCCCCGACAGCCCCAGCAACACCUUGGACAGCACCAAGCCUCUGUCACCUGGAGAGUUCGAUCCUGCCAUUGAUGUCUACGCCAUCAAAAGCAAUGAGAGUGCUCCCAGGAAGGAAGUUUACUUCAUGGCUGUCAUAGACAUCCUGCAGCAUUAUGAUGCCAAGAAGAAAGCUGCCCACGCCGCCAAGACUGUCAAACAUGGGGCUGGAGCGGAGAUCUCCACAGUGAACCCAGAGCAGUACUCUAAGAGGUUUUAUGAUUUCAUCACCACUAUCCUGUCAUAGCCUCCAGGAGUAACAGGGGGCACGGAGGCACAUGGGAAAGGGAGGGCAAGUGGGGAGUAGGGCGGAGAAGAAAAGUGACGGAGAGACAAACCAUCGAGAGGCUGAAUUAAUAAGGUGCUGUGAUGGCUUUGUAUCACUCUCCCUCAUCCAUUUUCCUCAUUCCUCCCUGUUUUUUUCUCUCUCUUUCAGUGGGGUGCCACGCUCUGCAGCUAAAAAAAAAAAAGAUCAUUCGUUUACAUUUAACCUCUCCUCUGUUGAGUUUUGUUCAUGUGAUACUUUGGAUGAUAAGGGUGUUGAAAGCAAGUGUUCUAGUCAUUACAUUUUUUUUAAUAUAAUAUGUUUUGUCUGCAUGGUUGUUUAUGUGGGACUAUGGCUUUUUUUUAUUGCCUCUAACAUAACAUCCAGCAUUUCUUUAUUUUAAUGUUUGUAUUUGUCUUUCCCUUAUGAGGCUCAGGGGGAGGCUGGGGAGGGUAUGAAGUGGUAAAGUGUGAGGCCAAGGGGAAUGCAGAGAUCAGAUUACAGCACAAGGUCCCUCCUGCAAAGCAAGGCUUGAGUGAGAUGUAAAGAGGAAGUUUAUGUUGAGCCUCGCCCAAUGCAAUUGCUUCAUUUCAGGAAGUAGGGAGCAGUCUUCCAAUAGGCCAACAGCCAGACCCCUACCAAAUGCUAUACAAGUACUCAGCCAAACAAAUCUUCCUGUUUUGGUUCCUCCUCCAUCGCCCACCCUUUAAAGACCUCACGUUCCCCUCCCGUUCCUUCGUGUACAGUUGAUGAAUUGAGCUUCUGGGUUAUCCUCCACUCAUUCAAACCAACACUUCUCAUUAGCUGAGACGAAUUCACUUGCUGCAAUAAAUUGUAAUGCUUGUAUUCAGCACUAGUUGCACUUCAGUGUCUCUAAGUGCUUCGUCCCUUUUGCUUUGUUGUGAUGUACAGUGAUUAAGAACGACUGAGGUAAGGAUAUGUACCUUUAAAAUGAGGAGAAGAAGAGGGAUUCGAGUGAACAGCUUCUCUCUAGUGUCAUUUUCUUGCAUUCACUUUGAAUAUAUUGGGCAUUGUUAGUUAGUCAUGGUUUCUGUUCCUGUAACAGGAAAUGACCCAGAAGUCUUUUGUGGCUAUAGCGAUCAAGAGUAAGUCGCUCCUUGUUAUAUCUUCGUAUAGGGUGUCAGAUUGAAACAUCAGCAGCCCUUAACUUUCUGUUGCUAUCAGCACCUUAUGAGUAAAAUAGGAAAAAAAUGUUGCACUUUUAUUCGUUGUUCGAGGUUAGGAGCUCUUGUUCUGUUACAUGUGCUGCAACAAAGAGGAAAAGGAACUCAGCUCUCUUAGAAUUGAAUCUCAGAAGCCUGAUCUCAAAUCCUGUCUCCUCAAUCAAUUUUCAUCUAUGGGUACCACUUACAGGGACUGUUUGGGAAGAAUUUACUGCAAUGUUAAACAGGGAAUGUGAGACGAGUUCUGUUUACAGGGCUUUUGUGAACUCACCUUUCCGAUCCUUAUAGAAGUGAUCUGUAGUAAUGUCGUGGUGGGCUUUGGGACCAGGCAACAGAGUGACUGUGCUUGUGCGUUCAGGGCAAAACAGAAGACGCUUUACCUCCAGCAUCGUACCAGCACACACCCAGUGAUAUUGAACGGUGUGUGUGUCAGUGUUCAAAAGUUGUAUAGGGGGGGGGGGGACAGGGAGGAGGGAGGUUGGAAAGAGAAGCUGAAGAUGUAAAGAUACAUGUUGUUCAGUCAUUUACACCUUCAGCAUUGUUCUCUUCUCAAACCUCAGCUGUGAGUCUGUUAUUCAUUGUUGUGUUAUUAUUGUUGACAUUUUUAAAGGUGGUUUAUCUGUGUUCGAAUUUGGCGGUUUUCUGAAUUGACGUGGUAAUAAUUUUUUGUUUCUGUUGGAGUUUUGUUUUUGUUUUGUUUUUUUGUAUAUUUUGCACAAGAGGAAAGGAACCAAAUGUUACGAACAUGAUCCCAAUUAGUUGACAUGGUCUUAAUAAGGGAAAUGCAAUAUACAUGUAUGUAAGUGAGAAAAGUUGUUGUGCGUGUGACGUUCUCUGGUUAACCAACUAAAACAAGUAAAGUCGUCCUACUUGACUAUUCUUACCCAUGCAAAAAGCUUCCAUCACAAUAUGUUUGUUUAGAUAUCAUAGAUUAUAUUCACAUUUAUAUUUUUACAUUGGAUUUUAGUCAUGAAAUAUAGUUGUAUUUAAAAAGGAGCCACCCAUGGGAAUGAAUGAUGGUGCUGUGGUAAAUGAAGAAUGAUACUGCUUGAAUUGAUACAAUGCUUAGUAUAUAUAUAUAUAUAUAUAUAUGUACUUAAAAAAAAAAAAAAAGUCAUAAAAAAAUUGCAUGUCACAGGACUAAGUUUCCUUCGCCCUCUAUAGUCUGUGUUGCUGGCUGUUCAGGUUCUCUUUGUGUCCCUCCACUUUAACAUUUGUGAGCUGUUCAGCGUAAAAUACUCCCUACCAUGCUUUAAAUAACUGUUCUUCAUUGUAUACACUGUGCAAGAUGUGUGCCUUUAUACUCCAAAAUUAUUUAAUUUUAUAUUUUGUAAUCUUUUUUUAAAACAAAGGUAAAAGGUUAUUUUAAUAAUAGGGUGUUUACUUUGACAUGCAUUGUUUCCAACUUUAUUUCUAACCGCCCUGCUCAACCUUCAACUCCAGCACCCCUCUGUGUUUAGAUUUGUUCAUGUUAUUCAGUCAGUUAAACAAAACCUUUCUAAUGAUUGUGUUUUAACUGACAAAAAAAAAAGUGAAUAGCUGUCUUAAAUUUUAAAAUGCUGGAUCAGUUUCAGUUCUGUACAUUCAGAUCCACCAUUCUGAUUAUUCAGUGUGUGCAGGCAUCCUUAUCCCUCUCCUCGGACUGGAGUUGGUGUCUGCUGAUAUUUAUCCCUUCUUCGGUCGCGCUGGUCCUGCCUUUAUAAAGAACGUUUGUGUGUGGAAGUGCAUUGUGGAGUACAUGUGUUGUGAUUGUGAUUUGUCACGCUCGUCCUCGCUAACUGACGGCUUCCCCUCCACCUCAGGAGUCUGUCAGCAUCUUCAUCACAUUUACCCACAAACCACAGAUGCAGUCACAUUUCAGGAAUUUGAUGUUUUAAAGUUGUUUUUGUCCAAGAUUUCACUUAGCUAUAAAGUAAAACUCCCAUUCAUUUCUGAAACUGGUUAAUGUUCUCUUCCUUCCUUCCCUCCAUCUUUUUGGUGUAACCCAGAUCACCUGUUUAUCGGGGAGAUUAUGAGCUGAUAGUUCAUCCUGAGUAAGCAGUUAGUUGAUAUUUCUGUGUUCUUUCACUAUAAAUGGGCUGUUUUGCUAUUAAUGUAAAUAGGUUGUGUCAAAAGGAAAACAGAAUGAGGGAACACACUCAACUUCUAGUCUGCUUUGCUCUGUUUGGCCCUUGGAGCUUGCUGUAGUCCAACAUUAGCAAACAUCGAAAACAGAGCAGUGCAUGCUGGGAGAGUGGGUUUUUUUUUUUCUGUUUUGUUUUUGGAAUAAUAACUCUGGAUAUCAUAUACGGAAGGCAAUGCCAGACUUUUAACAGAUGCAAAUUAAAGACAAUAAUAACACGCGGCCUGCUGCUGUACCUUGAAAUGAAUAAGUCCUCGCUUUCAUGACUUCUCUCAUGAAUAACCCCAACCAACAGUCAACCUGCUGCCAGCGUUAACUUGCCAAAAGCAUCUUCCAGCAGUCAGAACUACCCCACAUGAGCUUGAAGAACAUUGUGUAUCGUGUAAUGUGUCUGAACUGAAUUUGUUUUUAUUUGGUUUUUUUUUCUUACCUGGAGAUGGAGCGAGAUGUGCAUCGCUCAUAUGUGAACAUGUCCAAAGUUGUGGGAAACGGCCCUGUGUUCAUGUGGUGUUAGGGGAAAAUUAAAUUACAAACGCAAAUAUCUGGAGGCCAGGCAAGAUCUUGCAGAGUUGGUGAAAUUUCCUUUUGGCUAUAAAAUUGAAAUUCAAAAAAUCUUUGGACAAGAAAUAGCUGUUUGACGUGCUCAAAAAUAGUUGAACCUAGUGAAUUUGCAUGCAGAAGUCAAGUCAACACACGCCAGGCCAGGAAAACUCUUCCCUGCAGAUUGUGCUUUGGCCUCACAACAGCCCCAAGUACUUUUAGACUCCUUCUAAAAGACUUAAGCAUUGGUUAAAGCAUCAUUGUGUGUGUAUGUGAGUGUGUGUGUUUGUUCAUUGCUGUCUGACAAUGGUUGGUGAGAGUUCCCUUUCAGUGGCAGAAAGGCCAAAAUGAUGUUGUAUGUUUAUUGUUCUUCACAUUUAAUGAUGAUGAUGAUAAUAAUACACUCCAUUCCAUAAGCGUUCACUCAAACCAAUUAAAGCACUUGUUCUGCUUAACUCAAA